GUGGGAUGCGGUUGACGCGGAAACGGCUCUGCUCGUUUCUCAUCGCCCUCUACUGCCUCUUCUCCCUCUACGCCGCAUACCACGUCUUUUUCGGGCGCCGCCGCCGGGCAUCGGCCGCGUCUCUGCAGAGCCUCCGGAAGGGGGCGGCCCCGGUGCGGGAGAGGCGCGGCCGAGAGCAAUCUACUUUGGGAAGUGAAGAAUGGAAUCCUUGGGAAGGAGAUGAAAAAAAUGAGCAACAACACAGAUUUAAAACUAGCUUUCAAAUAUUAAAUAAAUCCACAAAAGGGAAAGCAGACUUCCGAGUACAAAUCUGGGGCAAAGCUGCCAUUGGUUUGUAUCUCUGGGAGCAUAUUUUUGAAGGCUUACUUGAGCCCACUGAUGUGACCGCUCAGUGGAGAGAAGGAAAUUCAAUUGUAGGAAGAACACAUUACAGCUUCAUCACUGGUCCAGCUGUAGUCCCAGGGUACUUCUCCGUUGAUGUGAAUAAUGUGGUACUCGUAUUGAACGGAAGAGAAAAAGGAAAGGUCUUUUAUGCCACCCAGUGGUUACUUUAUGCACAAAAUUUAGUACAAACUCAAAAACUCCAGCAUCUUGCUGUUGUUUUGCUUGGAAAUGAACAUUGUAAUAAUGAAUGGAUAAACCAAUUCCUCAAAAGAAAUGGAGGCUUUGUGGAGCUGCUUUUCAUAAUAUAUGACAGCCCCUGGAUUAAUGACAUGGAUAUUUUUCAAUGGCCUUUAGGAGUAGCAACAUACAGGAAUUUUCCUGUGGUGGAGGCGAGUUGGUCAAUGCUGUAUAAUGAAAGGCCCUACUUAUGUAAUUUCUUAGGAACUGUUUAUGAAAAUUCAUCCAGACAAGCACUAAUGAACAUUUUGAAACAAGAUGGGAUUGAUAAGCUUUGUUGGGUUUCAGUAAGAGAACAGUGGCAGCCUCAGGAAACGAAUGAAAGCCUUAAGAAUUACCAAGAAGCUUUACUUCAGAGUGACCUCACGUUGUGCCCAGUAGGAGUAAACACGGAAUGUUACAGAAUAUAUGAGGCUUGCUCCUAUGGCUCCAUUCCCGUGGUAGAAGAUAUAAUGACAGCUGGCAGCUGUGGAAAUACAUCUGUUUCCCAUAAUGCUCCUCUGCAGUUACUCAAGUCCAUGGAUGCUCCCUUUAUCUUUAUUAAGAACUGGAAAGAACUUCCUGCUGUUCUAGAAAAAGAAAAAACUAUAAUUUUACAGGAAAAGAUUCAAAGAAGAAAAAUGUUACUUCACUGGUAUCAACGCUUCAAAACAGAGCUAAAAAUGAGAUUUACUAACAUUUUAGAAAGUUCAUUUUUAAUGAACAAUAAAGGGGAGCAGCACCGUGUAGUGGAAAGACUGGGCUCUGGAGUCAGACAAAACCUGAGCUGAAACCUCGCCUCCACGCCUACUGUCUGGGGACGUUGAGGAAGCCACCUACUUGCUCCGAGUUUUGGGUCCUGUCAAUGUAAAAUGGACAUAAUGGUACCUCAUGGGGUAAGUUAUAAAUGUGAAGUGAAAUAAUGUAUAAAGUACCCAAUAUAUGUAGUAAACUCUAUGUAGUAAUUUCUAGUUCAUUUUUUAUUGCUUACUAGUUAGUAGGGCUAAAUUUAAAUAUUUUAACACAUGCUCAGUUAGAACAUUUUGGGAGUAAUCAUGUGCUGUGUUGGGAAUGUGUGUGGAUGAAUCUUGUAGAGUUAGACUUUUAGAUAACUCACGUUUUGUUGGAUCGUGUUGAGGUGGGUGCCUGGAUGCAGAAUUUGGUCAUAAUUCAUACAAAACAUGGACUGGGGGCAGUCAGAGCCAGAAAAUUAGUGUCUAAACUCAGCAGAAGUUGUCGUUGAAGGACGGAGUAAGACUGGCCAACUCAGAGGAGCGCUUCAUGCAGAGGCUGCCGGAUGCUGUUGAGAGCAGUGGCUUUGAUGAAGUGAUUUUCAUCUUCAGGUCCUUGGGCUCCUGAGAGGAUGAACUUGGGCUCAAUCUGUUGCUUUGUAUGGCUUUUUAUUUUCUCAGGAGUCCUAUGGCUUAGCCUGUGAAACCAGGGUAUCAGCAUCAUUGUUCAUAAUGCCUUUUGUCUCCAGGAGCUUUUUGUCUCCUCAUUAUAUGAAUGGCCAUAGAUACUCAACAGGUAUAAGUUCCCCCACACUUUCUUGGACCUGGACCUCGCACAGGGGUCUCCACAUCAUCAGAAGGUCUGGCAGCCUGAAUCUAAAGGAUCGUACCAUUGCAUCAUAUUGAAGAAUCAUAGUGCCUGCCACAACCCUAUUCAAGUCAAAGGAAACUGUGCCUGAUAAAAGCGCCAGACAAACGGGGCCUUUUAUACCAUGUGUCUCUCCAGGGACACUUUAUUCAAGAGCACCUUGUUGAUAGGCUUCCUGAUGACCCUGAACAUUGGUACAAAAAAUAACAACAGCAGGCCAACAGCUAGUCCAAAGCCUCUGUGCACUAGGAAAUACUGAGAACCGGGGAGUCAAGUGCAGGAGCAGAACUGAAUGGAUGCAGUGGCGUGGGAGCUAUAAGUUAGAGGUGGGCUGUGAGGGAAGCAAAGACACUACGAACAGCUCGAGAAGAGAAAUCUGCCCGAGAGCUCUUGUGACGCUUCUGAAUGGAUUUCUGUAACUCUAAUGAAUUUUGAGAUUGCUUUUUUAUUUCCCCAUUGUGUAGCUUCAGAAUUAUCUCCUUUCUUCAGCCUUCAUCUCUCUUGGCCCCUGGUUACUUGAGCUGACAUCCAAACCAAAAGAGCCAACCCAAAACAAUAACCACAGGCUUCAUCUUGCAGAGUCCCCGUUUUGUCUUUCCCUUGAGCAGUGGUGCUGCCAGGUCCAAGGUUAUAGCACGAUUCUCCUCUAACUAGGUUAAAGAAGCCUCUGCACUACAUUUUACCAACAAGGCUGGAUCAUCUUCCAAAGAAUGCUUUCUGCAUUGACGUAUCUGUUGCCAGCAAAGCCUUUGUAAUGUCAAGACUGUGGGGCAAGACACAAGUAAAUCAUAUCAAAAGAAAUUUUCUAAUGUCCUCCACUAUCCUUUCUUACCAUAUGGAGGUUGUGGGUAACUUACUAAGAGGCCAAUUCUAAGCUAUCAGUUGCCUCUAGAACUAGUUGGAAAUCUGCCUUCAGAGUUCUGGUAGUCUGCUUACAAAGUUGGAAUCCUAAAGUUUGAAGCUCCAUAAACUAUCAAGGUCAGAAUUCAAAGCUUCACUGAAGCAGAAACACGGUUUGAGACCAGUGCUGGGUAGGACUGGACUAUUACAGGUUCCUUUUCUGUCAGCACCAGAGAAUUUUCCAUCUCAGUAAGUAGCCAGGCAGCAGAAUGCAAUCAUAUAUUAAAUAUUUUGUAACAUACACCAUGUACCAGGAACUUACCUAAAUGUUCAGAAUUUUAAAAAACUAGCUCUGUCCACGAGGGCUCACAGCCAGAUGGGAGAGACAACUACACAGAUAAUUACAGCAUAUUUGUGCUAAGAAUUCCAGUAUCUGUAUUUACUAAGAGCUAUGGGAAUUCAGAAAAAAACCUGUUCGUCCAGGAGUAAAACUUCCAGAUUUGUCUUGAGUUGAAUUUAAAGGAUAAAUAGAUUUGGUGGCAUCUUUCAGUAUCGGCAAAGGGACAUUGGGGCAGCAUUUUUUUCCCUCUGAAAAUCAGCUGGGCCUGAGCCCUCCCAAGUGCACCGGUUGAGGAGGAAACUAAGGCACCUGGGAUGGUUACAGGCUACUCAGGUGAGCUCCCUCUAGCUGCACAGUCACUGACCUGCAGACAAAGGCUUUCUGUCAUCUCCAUCCGUCAGGAUGGGUUCACAGAGGGGAUCACUGAAAACCGCUCCUCUGCGGUGGUAGUUCUUGAGUAUUCUCGGAGGGAAUCAAGAUCCCACUUUCUUCAAGUUGUCUGGCAUAUGACUAUGUGUCACUGGUCCUAAAAUGACUCUUAUAGCUCCAUUUAGGUACCUUUCGUGUAACAUGAAACUAAACUAUAUUAAACUGUAUUAAA